AUGAAAUUUACAACUAUUUUAUUAAGUUCAUUAUUAACUACAUUCAUUAAUGCUGCUCCUGCUUUGGUUGAAACUGUUAUAAUUACAGCUUACACUACUGUUGUUGUGGAUCAAGAUGGUAUACAUUAUACUCCAACUCAAACUGCUACUUUAUUAGCAGAUGCAAGUCAAACAUAUUCAAUUUUACCAACUUCAGAAGCUAUUUCAUUGGUCACUCCUUCACAGACUGAGAUACAACAAUCACAAACACCAUCUACUUCAUCUUCAAUCCCAUCCUCUUCUUCACAACCAAGUGGUUCUGUAAAAUCUGGUGAAGGUACUUAUUAUGAUGUUUCAGUAGGUGCAACUGCUUGUGGUACUUAUCAUGCUAAUUCAGAAUAUAUAGUUGCUUUAUCGAAAGAUUUAUAUGAUGAAAAUAAUAUAGAUGGAAAUCCAAAUAAUAAUCCAUUAUGUGGUAAAAAAAUUAAAGCUUUUUAUCAAGGUAAAUCAGUUGAAGUAACAGUUGUUGAUAGAUGUGAAGGUUGUGCUUAUAAUGAUUUAGAUUUUUCACCAUCUGCUUUUAGUCAAUUGGCCGAUCAAGGCUUAGGUAGAAUUGAUAUUACAUGGCAAUGGGCUUAA